AUGUUACGAAACCAUGCGGCCCGUGGCUUCUUGUCUCGGCCCCUCUAUAGCUCAUCAGCUACAGCUACAGCCACAGCCACAGCUCCAGCAGCUCUACGAUGCCGUUAUCCUGUAGUAGCCGCCUCGGUUCGAUGUCUCACCACAACUCCCCGGCUCCAAGCUGCCGUCAAGCGAGCUAGAACAACCGUCAAGCGAGCUAGAACAACCGUCAAGCUCUCCGACUUGCCUCAGGGACCUAUUCUUGCGGAGCCUCUUCCAGCCGAAGAGCAAAAUGAACCGGCGUAUCCAACCGUCAUAUCGCAGGCGCGGCGCAACAUGGACAAGUUCGAGGGAUGUGUUCUCCUCACAAGAGUAGGCGGCUUCUACGAGCUCUACUUUGAGCACGCUGAAGAGUACGCGCCGCUACUCAACAUCAAGCUGGUUCGUAAAAAGACAACUGCCGGACACGUGCCCAUGGCUGGAUUCCCAUUCAUGAACCUGGGACGCUAUUUGAAAAUCCUAGUGGAAGAUCUGUAUCGGCGCGUUGCCGUGGCUGAAGAGUUUCCCAACGACGCUCCCGAGAAGGUCAAGUCCGGAGGCCUCAUGCAUGACCGUCGAGUUACCCGAGUCAUCACUCCCGGGACUCUCAUCGACGAGGAGUUCAUGGAUCCCUAUGUCAAUAAUUACAUCAUGGCGAUUCAUAUCUCUCAGAGUGCUGCCGCUGGAACUACGCAGUCAACAGCAGCCUCCUCACUGGACCAAGCCUCAGAUGCUGCAAGCACAGAUACUGUGCCGAUAGGGCUAGCAUGGCUUGAUCUCUCUACCGGGCAAUUCUUCACGCAAUCCACAACCCUUUCAUCUCUACCGUCCAUCAUAUCCCGCAUAGCCCCGCGGGAGCUUGUUCUCGAGCAGUCAUUCGAAGUUCGAAAAGACCAUCACAUCUUCACCCUGCUGACAGACGAUCGGCACCUCGUCACAUUUUCUCCCCAUGGAAGUCUAGCAAACCUCAACGACUGGGAGCCAUUCCUCGAAUCAGAAAUCCCCAAAGCUUCACGCGAGGCUUUCACCGAGGAUGAGAUCAUCGCGGGUGGCCUGGUGCUGAAUUAUGUCGAGAACACCCUGCAGGGACUGAGCAUGAAGCUUCAGCCACCACUUCGGUACGAAAACAUGCAGAUCAUGGCCAUCGACAAGAACAGCUUGAGGGCACUUGAGAUCAAGCAGACUAUCCGCGAUGGCCGCUUGCGUGGCAGCCUUCUCCAUGCCAUACGCCGUACGGUCACCAAGAGCGGCGCUCGCCUGCUCAACGAAUGGCUUGGCUCUCCAUCAACUUCUCUGGAUGUGAUCGAAGCUCGACAAGACCUUGUUGCUCGCUUUAUCAAAGCCGGGGAUCUAAGGGACUCCUUGGUUGCUUUGCUACGACGAAGCCAUGAUUGCCACAGACUGAUUCAAAAGUUUGCGCUGGGACGAGGUGGCCCAGAUGAUUUGCCCGGAUUAGCAAACUCCAUUCGCACAGCCGGGGACAUUACUACUUUACUAAGAGAAGCAGUAGAGAAGGAUCACACAGCAUCUUCACCAGACUGUCUUGCUAAACUAGUCUCUCGAACCGACCUCGAGGACCCUCUCGAACUGGCACAUCGGAUUCAGGAGUCAAUCGACGAGGAAGGCAUUGCACAGCAGCAGGUGGCAGCGGCAGCCGAGGAAGCGGAACUUGCGGCCCUAGCCCGAGACGUUGUCACCUCAGAAGGCACCCCGGAGGACGCCGCAGUCUUGCUCAAGGGAAAGAAGAAGAAGCCAACCACCAUCAAGGAGAGUUACGGUGAGGACAAGGAACCGUGGAUCAUGAAACCAGCCGCGAGCGAGGAGCUCCAGAAGCUGCACGACGGGCUCGCGUCGCUACUAGAAGACAAAAACAACCUGGGGGAGGCCCUUCGCGAGCGCUUCGGGGCCUCCACCUUGACGCUCAAGUGGGCAAAGGGAAUUGGUCACAUCGCUCACAUCAGCGGGAAGGACGCCAAGAACCUCGCAGAGAUUAAGACCGUCUCUUCGAGCCGCAGCACGCGAUCCUUCCAUGUCCCCGAAUGGACGACCCUCGGCGUCCACAUCGACCAAGCAAAAAGUCGCAUCCGUCGCGAGGAGGAGCGAGUCUUCCGGGCCUUGAGGGACCAAGUAGUCAAGAACCUGAUCAAGCUGCGGCGCAUUGCCACCGUGCUAGACGAAAUUGACAUUGCGACCUCGUUUGCAAAGCUCGCCGUCGACCAUGAUCUUGUCCGCCCCAAGCUGAACGACUCGAGGACGCAUGUCAUCAUGGGUGGUCGACAUCCUACUGUAGAGGGCGGGCUCCUGGAGAAAGGGCGAAAGUUUACGCGCAAUGACUGCGUUAUCGGGCCACCUCCCAAUGGCCUCCUUUGGCUGAUUACCGGACCGAAUAUGGCCGGCAAGAGCACAUUCCUUCGCCAGAAUGCGCUCAUUACCAUCAUGGCCCAGAUCGGAUGCUAUGUUCCUGCGUCGUAUGCUGAACUCGGCAUUGUCGAUGCGAUUUUCAGUCGCGUGGGCUCGGCGGACAGCUUGUUCCAUGACCAGAGCACCUUCAUGGUCGAGAUGCUGGAGACGGCCCACAUCCUACGGCAUGCCACACCGCGAUCCUUUGUCAUCAUGGACGAGAUAGGACGAGGAACGACACCCGAGGCUGGCAGGGCGAUAUCGUUUGCCUGCUUGCAACAUCUCGUAACGGUCAACCAGUGCCGGACGCUCUUUGCGACGCAUUUCCACGAUGUAGCCGACAUGGCGGCCGCCGAGGGCUUCUGCGAUCCGCAGGCUUGCUUCGUCCGGACUUACUGCACUGAUGUCAAGGAGGAUAAGGAUGGAGGUUUCGUCUACGUUCAUAAACUACGACCGGGCGUCAACCGACAAAGUCACGCUUUGAAAGUGGCAGGCCUGGCAGGACUACCGCAACAUGCAAUUGACGUUGCGAGAAAUGUGCUGGAAGCCACAGGGACAAGAAAUGACGAAGCGGGAGAUGGCAGGUCAUAUGAUGCUGCAUAG